AUGUUGCAACAAGUUGAUUUCACUGAAUCUGAUCCAGCCUGUAAUUUGAUGAUACCAAUUCAAAAUCAAAAUAUCAUUUCACCAAUGAAACAAACAAUUUUUAAAAUACGCAUUUUUGAUAGCAAUGAUCGUGAAACUUUUGAAUAUGAUGCGGAAAAUAAGAAAAUUUUACAAGUACGGGUGGAAGGUGGUCCAUUUGAACGAGCACAAAUACAAGCUCGUUCAAUCAUCAAUCCGACAGCUCAGGUAGGACGAUUCGUUACGCCAAUACCUAACUACUUCAAACUUGUCAACUGUAGCGGCAAUUACGGAAGUGCCAUAAUUAACGACGGUACCGUAUCCAGACGACAUUCCAGUCUAAGAUGGCAACCACCGAAUAUACCUUCUGGCGCAAUCAUCUUCUUGGCAAGUGUCAUACACUCUAAACAUUUAUAUCAUAUCCGGUCAUCUUUUCUUUCGCCAGUCUCCAAUUCCACUCGAUUAACUAAACAAGGUUGUGGUACUUCAUAUGGUUGUUUUAAAAUUGGUAAUCAACAGUGCCUAUUUGGUGAAUCAUGCCAUUUUUCACUAAAAUGGCGCUGUUAUAAAAAAUCGAUGAUUGUUGAAGCCACACAUUACGGUCAUGUUGCUUCCUUUGGUUUAACUGAAAGCGAAAAGCGUGCAGUAUUGUGUAUUUCGACAAAUAAUAACUCUUCGAUGAAUGAUUACUAUAUAACCGGUGAUCAGGGCUUCCCAAAUGUUUUCCAUCGACCGCAUAGCAAACGAUUAAAAACAAUUAACGAUGGUGUGCGUACCUUUUGCCGGUAA